AUGUCCUGCUUCAUGCGCACUAUGAGGCCGUGGUUGCACGGUGGGACACGGCAGAGAUGGUUUUCUACUGGAAGCGGGACAGUCCUGGACGAACUGCGCGCGCGGGGCCUCGUACAACAGAUAUCGGAACCUGUAGAUGCGCUAGUGCAGCAGCUGCGAGAGGGGAAGCGGCCGCGGUUGUAUUGCGGGGCGGACCCGACGGCCUCGUCUUUGCAUUUAGGAAACCUAAUGCCACUUAUGGUGUUGUUGCACUGUUACGUGCGUGGUCACGACGUCGUGGCAUUAAUAGGUGGGGCGACAGGCAUGGUAGGAGACCCCAGCGGGCGGUCCACCGAGCGCACAGCACUUGCGGAUGCGACGCGCUUGGAAAACGUGCGUAGGAUUAGCGGCCAGUUCAAGCGCUUCUUCGAGAAUGGACGCGAGUACCACGGAAGCCGUGUGGCGCCGGCACAGUCCGGGCAUGCAGUUGUGGUCAACAACGUCGAAUGGUGGAAGGACAUGGGUCUCCUAGACUUUUUGGCACGCUACGGGCGCCACAUCCGUGUGCAGAACAUGUUGGGGCGCGACUCGGUCAGUGCGCGCCUUUCUAGUGGCAGCGGCAUGGGAUUCAACGAGUUCUCGUAUCAGAUCCUCCAGGCAUAUGACUUCUAUCACCUGCACACGCACCACGGCGUGGCAAUCCAGGUGGGCGGCGGCGACCAGUGGGGCAAUAUCACCGCUGGCAUCGACUUGAUUGGUCGCCUGUCGCCAGGUGCGGCGGCUAACCCCGCGUUCGGCGUAACGGUGCCGCUACUUUUGACAGCGUCUGGCGCAAAGUUCGGCAAGAGCGCGGGGAACGCGGUCUUCGUAGACCCUGUCAUUACCCCGUCCUAUCAGCUAUACCAGUUCUUUGUCAAUACUUCCGACGCGGACGUUGCGCGCUUCCUGCGCCUGUUCACCAUGCUUCCGUUGUCUGCCAUCGACGAGGCCGUGGCCGCGCACACAGUUGCUCCGCAGCGUCGCCUGGCACAGCGCUUGCUUGCGCGCGAGGUCGUAGACCUGCUGCAUGGCUUAGGUCACGGCAAAGACGCUGAAACCGUUUCUGAUGUGCUGUUUGGCGGCGCUCGUGUGGAUUUGCCCGCUGGUGAGCUACUGCGUCUGUUCACAGACGCGGGCAUCCUGCGCGAGGCCCCGCGCUCUGCUUCACUCGUCGAUCUCAUGUGCUUAGCCACAGGCUCGUCACGCGCCGAGGCUCGCCGCAAGCUGGUCCAGGGCGCCGUCUACCUGGGGCCUGAUCGUAGUCGUCCCGCUCAAGACAUUGCCGAUCUCAGCCCCCACAUGAUCGAAGAUCGCGUGCUUCUCUUGCGCAUCGGCAAACAGCAAUGCUACGUUUUUCACAUUCAGUGA